GAAAAAUACGAAACAGAGAAUUUCCAUUAACAAACAAAUUUUAUUUAUAUUAUUUUUAUUUUUCGAUUUAUGUCAUAGCUUUGAAAAUUCUUCUGUGUCUCUUGACGAUUACAGAGAGUGACAAACAUCGAAAGAACGAAAGAGAAAGAUCUGCCAUAACCCAACAGGGAUUGGGUUUUUGAGGCUGGUUUUGGGAAUUAGGAAGUGGGCAUCAAGUUCUCACUGAAGCAUGCGUGGAAUGUGAAUGUUUGAGAGGGUUGGAUUUGGGGUGCAUUUGCUCUUUGGUGUCCAAAGGGUUUGUAUGCAGAAAUGGCUGAUAUAGCAGGUCUACCAGAAGCAGCAGGGUCUAGGUUUAGUCAGUCGGAGUUGAUUGGCAGAGGAUCCUUUGGCGAUGUCUACAAAGCGUUUGACAAGGAACUGAACAAGGAAGUUGCUAUUAAAGUUAUUGAUUUAGAAGAAUCUGAGGAUGAAAUCGAGGAUAUUCAAAAGGAAAUUUCUGUUUUGUCACAAUGCCGUUGUCCAUACAUCACAGAGUACUAUGGUUCCUAUCUUCACCAAACUAAACUAUGGAUAAUAAUGGAAUACAUGGCUGGUGGUUCAGUUGCUGACCUACUCCAAUCUGGCCCUCCAUUAGAUGAAAUGUCAAUUGCAUGUAUUUCACGAGAUUUGCUGCAUGCAAUUGAAUAUUUACAUAAUGAAGGAAAGAUUCAUAGAGAUAUCAAAGCGGCAAACAUUUUAUUGACUGAGAAUGGUGAUGUUAAGGUUGCAGAUUUUGGUGUUUCAGCACAACUAACAAGGACGAUAUCACGGAGGAAGACUUUCGUAGGAACACCAUUCUGGAUGGCACCGGAAGUGAUUCAGAAUUCAGAAGGAUACAACGAGAAGGCUGACAUAUGGUCUUUGGGCAUAACGGUAAUUGAAAUGGCUAAAGGAGAACCUCCACUGUCAGACCUGCACCCUAUGAGAGUUCUUUUUAUAAUACCUCGAGAAAAUCCACCUCAGUUGGAUGAGCAUUUUUCACGCCCUAUGAAAGAAUUUGUUUCCUUAUGUUUAAAGAAAGUGCCUGCUGAGAGGCCUAGUGCCAGAGAACUUCUCAAGCAUCGCUUUAUCAGGAAUGCUAGGAAGAGUCAGAAGCUUCUUGAGAGAAUUAGAGAGCGCCCAAAGUACCAAUUAAAGGAAGAUGCAGAAACCCCCAGAACUGGCCCCAAAGCUGUAGGAGAGUCAACUGACACUGUGAAGGUGAAAAGAGAUAUAAGAGGUGAAGAAACUGUUCGAGCUAGCAGUAAUCAGGGAAAAACAUUUAAAAAUGCUGGAUGGGACUUCAGCAUUGGUGGACCAAACAGUACGGGUACUGUCCAAAGUGCUGUGCGACCACCACAGGUUAGAGAAAGGAAAGUAGAAGUUGCUAAUAAUCAAGCUAUACCAAGAACUCCAGAGAGUGGUAAUGCUCCUGAUGAAUUCCCAGAAAAUUCCUCUGGAAAAGCCACUAGAGAUUCAUACUACAAUAAAAAUCAAGAUAAUAACUAUGAUGAUGAAAUGUCUGUCAGUGGGUCAGGAACAGUUGUCGUAAGGUCUCCUAGAGGAUCUCAAUCAUCUGCAUUGUUAAAUGACCCAAGCUCUCUUUCUAGCAGCACAUAUGCUUCUACUGAAGAUGCUUCUACCUUUGGAACCGUUGUUAUGCGUGGCCAACACGAUGAAUCUGAUUCUCCUCGAACUCCAAGAUCCAGGCUAGGAUUUCAAGAGAGAACUUCAAGUGCAUCAGUUGAAGAUAGUGCAUCAAAUCUGGCAGAGGCGAAAGCUGCAAUUCAGGCAGGGUUGAGGAAAGGAAAUGCAAGGGAUAGGUCUGGACUGAGCAAGAUCAAUACCCCUGGGCAGGAAAAUAGAAGAAGAGAUCAAGUGAGCAACAGUUCUGAUUCUUCCAGAAGUUCUCGUGACUAUUUUGAUGCACAAAGAUUCUUUCCACGAUCACGUCAACCAAGUGAUGAUGAAGAAAAUGCCAAGAUAAUAUCAUCAUCUGUGUCACUAUCCAUGUUGCUUAUCCCUUCCCUAAAAGAGGUCAUUCCUGAUGAUUCGGAAGUAUCAGUUGUACGUGCAGUUACUAAUUCCCUCACAAAAAUGGAGGGUGCAAAGCCUGGAUCUUGUGAAGCUCUUGUUCGCAGGUUGCUCGAGCGACUGGCAAGCUCAAGGGAAUCAUCUAUGAAAGAUAUGCAGGAACUAGCAGUCCGCUUGUUCAAUAAGGGCAAGACAACUUCUGAAGAUACACAAACUCCAAACAUGGAAAUCGACAGUAGAAGAAAACAGCAACUUAAUUCAAAUUCCAACUUGAGCCCUCUCGCGAGAUUUCUACUUUCCAGGUGGCAAAGCCAAACAUCACGCGAUCUCAACCCAUCAUGAAGGGAAAAACCAGAGAUGGAUUAUAUCUGUUUUUGUAGUGUGUUUACAGUUCUGCACUAAUUUUGAUUUUGAUGUACAUAACAUUGUGAGAAAUUAUGUAUUUUUGCAUCCAUUAUGAUUAAAUCAUCUAUUUUUACA